CCUGAGCAGAACGCCAGCAUGUGCUCUGCGGCCAGAACGCUGACAGUCCUCCUCCUUCUCCUUGAUGUUGGGGCCGCUCAAGUGUUAGCAACAGGCAAGCCUGCUAGCGCUGAAACUGAUAUCAAAUAUGCCAUCAUCGGGACUGCUGUGGGCAUCGCCAUAUCGGCCGGCUUCCUGGCCCUGAAGUUCUGCAUGGUCAGGAAGCACAUGUUUGAUGACGAUUCCUCCGACCUGAGAAGCGCAAAUGCGGGCUUCAGCGGAAUAAGGGGAAAGAGAAAAGAGUGUCUUCAGCACACUGAGAGGCAUCCCAAAUCUCCUGCGGAGACCAUUGCACUAAAGAAGAGAACGGCAAGGUUAAACCUCAAUUUCUCCGAAAGAAAUGCACAUGUGAUUGAGCUCUGAGUGAGCAGCUUCUUCAGGAGGGCACUCUGGACAGCUACUCAUUGGAGACAGCUUGAAUUUGAGCAUCC